GUCUUCCGAAUGAAUUAUUUUGCGGGAAAUUUAUUCGGAAAAAUUAUUUUUUACCAACAAUUGAAACAAAUCACAGACGUUUAAAUUACUCCAUACAUUAAUUGUUAUAUUAAUAUUGAUUCUGGUGAUUUGAAUUAAAAUCAGACUCGUUUAUUCAGAUUACAUGCUAAAGACUGUAAAGUAGAACCAUUGACUAGUAAUGGAUGAUUUUGAUGAAGAAGGUGAUGAUCUGCUCUCAAGCCUUGUAAUGGAUAAUACACUGACAGGAAACCAAGGCCUUAAAGUUUCCACAGAAUAUUCAUCCAGGCCGGUCAAUCUACCUGAAGCGUUUCCGUUCCCAUUCAAACCGUAUGAUAUACAGGAAGGAUUCAUGCGUGAGUUGUACACAUGUCUGGAGCAGGGCAGGGUCGGCAUAUUUGAAAGUCCCACUGGAACGGGCAAGUCUUUAAGUCUGAUCUGUGGUGCACUCAGGUGGCUAAAAGAUUUUCAAGAAAGACAGAAACUUGAACUGGAAGAAAUGAUUUCUGCAGAAAAUAAAGAAAACUGUGACUCAAAUGUCAGCAAAGACACAGGAGAGCUUGACUGGAUCUCAGACUUCAAGGCCAAACAGGAAACAGAAGAGAAAACAAAGAAAGUUAAAGAAGAAAUAGAACAAAGAAUGAAGAGGGAGGCAAAACUUUCUGAAAUAAAGAAGACAAGAAAAGUAUCAAAAAGAAAGAGAGUUCAGCUGGAAGAUGACUUUGAUGACCUGUUAAAAACAGCGUCAAGUGAUAUUAAAGAUGCUUACAAACAGGAGAUAGAGAAACUUGUGCAAGAAUCGGGUGAUAUCCAUGAUGAUGAUGAUGAUAAUCUGGUUCUUGAUGAAUAUCAUAGUGAUGAUGCUGGUGAUGAUAAGGAUUCUGAUGAUGAAGACGAUGAUGAGACUGAUGUUCACUGUACAAAAAUCUAUUUUUGUAGCAGAACACAUUCCCAGUUGUCACAGUUUGUAAAGGAAGUCAUCAAGUCACCAUAUGGGGAUGAUACCAGAGUGAUUUCGCUUGGUUCAAGACAGAAUCUGUGUGUGAAUGAAGCAGUAAAAAGAUUGAAGUCUCUCAGUCUGAUAAAUGAUACAUGUAGAGAUUUACAGAAGAAGAAAUCAGAGAAAAAAGAAAAGGCAGGAAUGAAGCGUAAAAAGACAGGUAGUAGUCAAGGAUGCCCCUUCUACAAGCAGGACCCUAUUCAUGAUUUCAAAGAUUCUGCCCUGGUAGAUGUGAGAGAUAUAGAACAACUUGUGUUGCUAGGUAAACAGAUGAAGGCAUGUCCAUAUUAUGGCACACGAUUGGCUGUACCAGAUUCAGAGAUAGUUGCAUUACCAUAUAACACAUUACUACACAAAUCAACUCGAGAAGCCACUGGUAUACAACUAAAGGAUAAUAUAGUUAUCAUAGACGAGGCUCAUAAUCUACUCGAGACAAUAAACAAUGUAUAUAGCAUGGAAAUUACUGGAGCCCAGUUGGUUCGAGCACACAGUCAGCUGAGCCAGUAUGAGGGGAAGUACAGGUCCCGACUUAAAGCCCAGAACCUAAUGUAUAUCAAACAGAUUCUGUUUAUACUUGGAAAUCUAACCAAAUGUAUUGGAGGUAAGACAGACCAGCAUCCUGACAAACAGUCUGUACCAUUUGCAGAGACCCGACUCUGGACAAUCAAUGACUUUUUGUUCCACAGCCAAUUAGAUAAUGUCAACAUGUUUAAAGUGCUUAGAUAUUGUCAAAGGAGCCAGAUUUCUAGAAAGUUGCAUGGAUUUGUUGAAAAGUACAGACCAGAGAUUGUUGUAGCAAGUGAGAAGGAGAAGAAACAUGAGACCAGCACAUCAAGUUUAAGCAGUUUUUUGAAGUCUCUCAGUGGGAAAGGAGAUAAUGCUGAGAAAGAGACAGUUGAGAAGGUAGAAGAGAAGAGUGAUUUUGUAAUGAGUUCACCAUUGAUGCAUAUAGAAAGCUUUCUUCUAUCUCUUACAAAUGCUGACAAAGACGGUAGAAUAGUCAUCACAAAGAAAAAGUUAUUUAGCCAGUGCAGUAUAAAGUUCCUGUUGUUAAAUCCUGCGGUACAUUUUACUAGUAUAGUACAAGAGGCGAGGGCAGUUAUUGUUGCUGGCGGAACUAUGCAACCUAUUACAGAGUUUAAGGACCAGUUAUUUCAUGCCGCUGGGGUCCAGCCUGAAAGAAUCCUGGAGUACUCUUGUGGUCAUGUGAUCCCUGGUGACCAGUUGUUGCCAAUAUCAGUUAGCACGGGACCCACCGGACUUCAGUUAGACUUCACCUACACCAAUAGAAAUAAACCAAGUUUGCUUGAUGAACUAGGACGUCUGCUAUGUAAUGUAUGUAACAUCGUACCUGGAGGUCUUAUCUGUUUCUUCCCCUCCUACGACUAUGAGAAGUUGGUUUACAGUCAUUGGGAGAACUCAGGGGUGCUGUCAAAACUUCAAACUAGGAAAAAGGUGUUUAGAGAGCCUAAAAGGGCCGGUCAAGCUGACAAGGUGCUACAAGAUUAUACAGCAUGUAUCCAGAACUGCAGUGGAAGUGUGACUGGGUCUAUAUUAUUUUGUGUUGUUGGUGGCAAGAUGAGCGAGGGUAUCAACUUCUCUGAUGAUCUAGGCAGAUGUGUUGUGAUGGUGGGAAUGCCGUACCCUAACAGUAACUCUCCUGAACUGAAGGAGAAAAUGGAAUACCUGAAUGCAAACUUUCCCAAGGAUAAGGAAGGGAGACAACCAGGUCAGGUUCACUAUGAGAAUCUGUGUAUGAAAGCUGUGAAUCAGUCUAUAGGUCGGGCUAUCAGACAUCAAGGGGACUAUGCGACAAUUUUGUUGUUAGAUAGACGGUACAGCAGGUCAGGGACUAUCUCAAAAUUACCUGGCUGGAUUUCAAAACAUUUACAGAAAAUGGACAAGUUUGGGAAUGUGUUUUCAGCCGUAUCAAAGUUCUUUGCUGGCAAGAAAGGAAGUUGAUAGCAGAUACUAGUUUCCCUAGUUAAAAUAGGGAAAGAAUGUCAGCUAGUUGGCACUGUAUCUACAUGUACUUCUGAAGAGACAAAUAUGUAGGCGGGAAAAUAAAGCAUUUUUUGUUCCUUCAAAAUAAAAACAGUAUAUGUAAAACAAGUUAUUUCUUUAAAACAAAGCCAAAAAAACUGAUAGAGAUUUAUAGUCUACAUAAGUUUAUUAAGUUAAACUAGUGCAAGAAAAAGUUACAAUUCUGACUUUUUGUUGGAUUGGAUCAAGACUUCUACAUAGUGAAGUGCUUUUAUGCUUCGGGAAACAGUGUCUUAAUAUAUAAUAUAUAGAAUAUUGUAGAUCUCUUAUAUAGGCUGUAGUACCUGUACCAGUGGUUCAGGUUUGAGGUCAAUGGUGUCGAGGUCAUUAAGGCUAAAUAUAGAUGUUUAUAGCCUUUUAGUUUUAAUUACAGAGCCUUGCUUGUACCCUUUCAUUUCUGUUGAGCCAUCUGAAACAGGGCAGAUAAGUUGGUUUUCAAUUUUUUAAAGAUAUUUUUAUAAAUUUGUUAGUUUAUAAUUCUUGUAAUGGGCACAUAAUGAUUCAUUUUAAGUUAAAUUGUUAACACCAAGUUUUUAUGGGCAUAAAUUAGGAACACCAUUUCUUUCUGCAGAACUUUUUUAAAGUCAUUUAAUUAUUGUUAUAAAUAAAAUUGUUAACAUUAUUUGUAUGUUUAGAACUUUAUGGCACCAAAUUUG